GCGCAUGUGAUGUGCCAACAUUCUCCAAACACGUUCCCACCAGAUUCUUGAUUCUUUACAUCUCCUCAAUCUUCCCCUACCACCUUUGCUAUUUCACAUUUUUAUGCCUAAAAAUCUGGUCUUUCAGCCUUUUCUCCCUCAAAAUUAACUCCUACUACUAAUAAAAGUCAAGAUUAGACUAAUAAGGAGUCUUUUUCCAUUUAUUUCUCCUUAAAUAACCUUUACUAAUUGUCAAAAGUUGAUUAGUCCUGCCCAUUCUCUGUAUUUUCUUAAUCUCUUCCUCACAAAUUUUUCCAAAUUAAUCUGCUUCUGCAUUCAAUUCUAAACGGUUACUGUAAAGUUCCAGUCUUUACAGUAAUUUGACUCAGUCUGAAGCUUGGUUUUGCAAUUUUUGUGGGUUUUGAAAAAGAUACCAAUAGUUUUUUGUUAGAUUGUUGAUACUCAGAAGGGGAAUCGUUGAUGGUUAAUUAGAUGCAAUCAAGAGUUGUUCAAAUGGUGGAGGAGAAUAAAGAUCCAUUAGUUGUACCUAGGACAAAUGGCAUAACUAGGGCUUUGCCACAAAGGCUGCUACACUUGCUGAUGCUGUUUCUGUUUCUGUGUUUUACUUUUUCUGUGGCUAGUAUUUAUAUGAUCAAGUAUUUUGGAUUUCAUAGCAUAGUUCCUACGAUAAGGCCUAGUUUACUGCCAUGUAUUGAGGAAGAAUCUAAAAAUUUAGAGAGUUGGAUUAAUCCUCCAUCUAAUUUGCUACAUACUAUGUCUGAUAAAGAGUUGUUAUGGAGGGCUUCAAUGGUGCCCCGGGUAAAGAAGUAUCCGUUUAAGAGGGUUCCUAAGAUUGCAUUCAUGUUCUUGACUAAAGGACCAUUGCCAUUGGCACCUAUUUGGGAGAGGUUUUUUAAGGGACAUCAGGGGUUUUAUUCAAUUUAUAUUCAUUCAUUGCCAUCAUUUGAGGCCGAUUUCCCGGCCUCCUCAGUGUUCUACAAGAGGCAAAUUCCCAGCCAGGUGACAGAAUGGGGAAAGAUGAGUAUGUGUGAUGCUGAGAGAAGACUCCUUGCAAAUGCAUUGCUCGACAUCUCCAAUGAGUGGUUUGUUCUUCUUUCUGAGUCAUGCAUCCCCCUCUACAAAUUCAAUGUCAUCUACAAGUACAUAAGUCAGUCAAAGCAUAGCUUUGUUGGUGCAUUUGAUGAUCCUGGACCAUAUGGAAGAGGACGAUAUGAUGAGAAUAUGUUACCAGAGGUUAACAUUUCUCAGUGGCGCAAAGGAUCACAAUGGUUUGAAAUGAGUAGGAAGCUUGCUCUUUUCAUAGUCGAAGACACAAAAUUCUACCCCAAGUUUGCUGAGUUUUGCAGGCCAGCAUGCUAUGUAGACGAGCACUACUUCCCAACAAUGCUGACUAUUCAAGCAUCAAAUCUCUUGGCAAACAGAAGUAUAACAUGGGUUGACUGGUCGAGGGGCGGAGCUCACCCUGCCACUUUUGGUAAAUCAGAUAUCACGGAAGAGUUUAUGAAGAGAAUGCUGGCAGGACCUAACUGUACGUACAACGACCGAAACACAUCAAUGUGCUAUCUUUUUGCAAGGAAGUUUGCUCCAAGUGCUUUGGAACCUCUGUUUCUGCUAGCCCCAAAAUACUUAGGUUUCUAGAUUAUAAAAAUCUGAUUUCGUCGUAUCAACGACUCCACUUGUGGGAUUAUACGAGGUAUCUUCUUGU